UGCCAAUAAGAAGAAGAUAAGCCAAGAAUCCUAUCAUCUUCUUCAUAAAAGAAGCUCUACAAGUAUGCUGAUGCUCUCAUCUCCACCAUGUUUCUCCUUAAAAUAUAGAUCACUCACAGCUUUUCCUACCCAAAGAGAAUUCUCCAUUCAAAGAAAAUAUCUUCUUCAUUGUUGCUCAAGUUGUCGAUUGAAAGAUGAAAGAGAACAGAAAGGAAUUACGGAAAGUUUAAAGCGCAGACAACUUUUUGUGUUACUGGUGUCAUCGGGCUUGUUUCCAACUUUGCCUUCUAGUGGUAAAACAAAGACUAAGAACCCAUAUGAUGAAAAACGUCUACUUGAACAAAAUAAAAGGGUGCAGAGAGAAAACAAUGCACCGGACGACUUUCCAAGUUUUGUUCGAGAAGGGUUUCAGGUUAGAGUUGUUGCAUCAGAUAACUACACAAGACGUGAAUCUGGACUUAUAUACCGUGAUUUUGAAGUCGGUUCUGGUGAUUUUCCAAAGUCUGGUCAACAGGUGACUUUUCAUUAUAUUGGUUACAAUGAGUCUGGUCGUCGAAUUGAUAGUAGUUAUCAACAAGGAACUCCUGCCAAAAUACGAAUGGGCACAAACGCAUUGGUCCCAGGUUUUGAAGAAGGUAUAAAAGACAUGAAACCUGGUGGAAAGAGAAGAAUUAUCAUUCCCCCAGAACUUGGACCACCAGUUGGACCUUCUACGUUCUUUAGUUCAAAACAAUUUGAAGUAUUUGAUGUAGAACUGCUUGGUGUAAAAGACUGCACAAGGAGAACCAUAGCUUUUUACUCGGAUGUUGUAUGUGAUUGAGUUGCAAAGAUUUUGAGGUCAAGAAACACAAUGUUAUAUGUACAUCCCUUCAGUUUCGAUGUUCUUUCAACCACAGCGUCAGCAUGUCAGUUUGUAGAGUAACCAGACAUGGUUUUAGGUCUAUAGUGAGAACAGAGUUUGGAAGACAUCCUAUUCGGCCAUGAAAGUUGACUUGAUCUAGUUGAAAAUGUGUAACAGCACAUGUAUGAUGCGACUAUUUUGAUCUGGUAUAAAGCUUAUUAUGAUUUUGGUUCUUUAA